CAGAUGGACCUGGAACUCGGGAAGUGACGACGCCUGUUGGUCUCCGUCGCUCGGACGUACUUACGAUCAUCGUGGAUGCUUGCCCGCUCCCCAAUCUCUCGCCACGAUCGACCUUCUCGACGCUUGCUAUAAUCAGCCAUGCCCUCCUCUGUAUUCGAUGAUUUCAGAGAAGGCCAGAAGAUCGGCUCUGGUCCCCGCCUCGCAGCAGCUCUUACCCCCGUCGCACCCACGGAGUACCCCGAUCGCUUGAAGUCGUUCUAUUACUUCUCCAACGCCGUCCAUGUGUCCGCCGAUCUCCGCUACUCGCUAUUCCAAGCCAAUGGCUUGAGGCUUCCCAAACAAGAGCAAGGGGCCUGGAUUGAUAUCUUCACGUCGUAUUGGAAAGCGGUGGGCGAGAUUGUCCGAUUUGACGACGCUCCCGGCCAUGCCAGCUGGGUGAAAGCGUUUGAUGCUUGGAAGGAAAUGGCAAACCUCCUGAUCAGGGGAUACUCGUCAAACGGACUGCAAGCUUGGACGGUGCCGUGUCUAUAUGUUGUCGGAAGAUACCUGCGGAUCUUUGCCAUUAAGGCAGAUGCGGAACUUGCUUCCCAAGGUUCUAUGGCUUUUGACGAUCGCUUCCAGGACGAUGCUACUGCUGACGUCAAACAUGCGAAGCUGGAGGAGGCUACACGGGUACUCAAUCGAAUGUUCACGUUGUGUCUCGGUGACAGGGCUCCGAUCGAAGAAUCACGGAAAUGGGGGAUCUAUGACACCACUAAUCUCCUGUUCAAAACUUAUUUCCGACUCAACACUGUUGGCCUAUCUAAGAACCUGCUGCGUGCCCUCAAGGCUUCAUCCGCCGACCUCCCUGACGUGGACGCUUUCCCGAAGUCCCAUAUUGUUACCUUCGAGUACUAUGUCGGAGUUAUACACUUUCUCGAUGAAAAUUAUGCUGAAGCUGAAGAGCAUUUGUCAUACGCAUGGAAGAUGUGCCACAGAAAUGCGACCAAGAACCGGGAGUUGAUUCUCGCCUAUCUCAUUCCCUGUCACCUUGUCACCACACACACCUUGCCAAGCAAGGAGCUUCUUGCCCCGUUUCCUCGCUUAGAGAAGCUCUUCCGCCCUUUGUGCGACUGUAUCAAAAAGGGAGACCUGGGCGGGUUUGAUGCCGCGAUGACGGCGGGAGAGGAAGAAUUCGUUAAGCGGCGCAUAUACCUGCCCCUUGAGAGAGGGCGCGACAUCGCCUUGCGAAACCUCUUCCGAAAGGUCUUUAUUGCUGGUGGAUUCGAUGAGUCCAAGGAUGGACAGGCUCCUAUUCGGCGCACGCGAGUUCCCGUCGCCGAAUUUGCAGCGGCUUUGAGAAUAGGUACCCAUGCGGAUGAAAGAUCCCGGGUGGACAUUGAUGAAGUUGAAUGUCUAUUGUCAAAUCUCAUUUACAAGGGGUUGAUGAAAGGUUACAUCGCCCGUGAACGUGGCAUGGUUGUGUUGAGCAAGGGCGGCACCGCAUUCCCAGGAACGGGCGUCUAAGCAUGAUACCCAGUUGCUGUCAUGUUACUCAAUGGCAGCGUUCCCACAUUCUUCCCUCAACAGCAUCCGGCUAUCAGUGCACCAGACACUCAAACGGCAGUGAUCCAAAACCCGAACUGGCGGAUAAAGCAGUGACAUCUGCAUCAUAUUCAUUAGGACUUAUCAGCUUGCAUUUCGUGGGCCAUGGCGGUCCAUGAGCAGCUCCUAUACACAUCCGUAGCCAUGACGGCCGCUCACUGAGCUCCAUAUCAGCAGUUACAGUGGUAUACUGUGGGUGGCAUGCUGCGCGGAUAGACGGGUGAUCCAGAAAAUGCUGGUCAUGCUUCUUUCCUUGUAUUUAGACCGCUGAAAUAUCCGUAAAUAGACAGGAUAGACCAACCAGGAAUACGUCAUGAAUACUCCAAAAUCCGUGCAAGAACAAGUCUCGGAACCCCAGGUCUCAGCAUGAAUUGAGGGGAAAAUGUAUGAAACAAUGUCACAUCAAGCAACCACUAUAC